AAAGAUUUGGCCCAUCGAAUUCGCAUCGCAUGAAGAAUCCAUAGUCCUUCAUCCAUAGGCCGGCUCUCUCUCGGAUCUGCGAGUCGGUCGUGCACAUGCACACGAAUUGGCGCAGGAGGAGGCGAAAUGCGUGAGAAGCGGUUUUGUCGAGAAGCGAUGGUCGACGAGAGCAGACGACAGUGCUGCGAUCAGCGAUCAAUGGCGGCGGGUGGGAGUCGAAGUCAAAGGUUUGUUUAGUGAGGGAAGGGAAGGAUGAACAGCCUCCGAAGACCUGUGUAAGAUAGGAAAUGCGCGAGAUAAUGGGCCGAUCCGACACAAAUGGGGCCUACUGCAGCGCGAGAAAUGUCAAGGGUCGCGCUCCCUGUCAACACCUCGCAGUCGCAUCACAACGCUGAGCACUCGCUCACUCGCAAAUACGCCUCGAGCUCGUUGAGCCCGCAGGGAAGGGGGGGAGGGAGGGAGGCAUGGGCAUGGGCGUGGUUGACUCUUGACGAUCGAUUCGUGGUCGUCCGUCGGACUCGCCUCGCAUUCGAGCCCACAAUCGCGCAUCCGCAGCGAAGGAAGCGAGGAAGGACAAGAGGGGUGAAAGAAAGGGUCAAAAGAUUUUGACCGCGCGACCCCGAUCCGAACCCAAAUGAUGGGAAGAGUAGGUGCGUGCCCAGUUCGCAGGAAUAGAUGGUCAUCAUCAAAUCAUUAGCUCUCCAGCCCCACGUCACGAUGCAGACGAAAUGCUCAUGAAAUGACGGUAAAUUUGACUUAUCUCGUCUCUGUGGGUUCCACGCUUCUAGAAGGCCAAACAGCGCUCGGCACGGCAGCGCAGCAAAAUCCGAUCAUCCUGCAUGAACCAACAGCAGUCAAAAAGCUCUGAGUUGCAGCUAUUUUAGACCCGAGUGCUGGAUUCCGACGGGCACGAGAAUCCCUUCGGUAUCUUUUCUGCAUCUUUCAGCUUCUUGAGCUCGAGGGAGAGAUAUUUAUGUGAUUCUUUAUAUAUAGAGGGUUAUCGAACAUGGGCUAAAUAUGCAGGUCGUCCAUCGGUCGACUAGUGCUAAUCGUGGAACGAGGUGGAUUGGGUUCGCUCAUCAACAACCGUGCUAAAAUGUUCUCUUCUCAUGGAGAAUGGAACUAGAUUUGGAAUGGUGUUCAUGGAUCGAUUUUUAGGGCAGCGUUUGUUUGUUGUUCGUCCAAU